AUGUCUUCCUCAACACCGCUUCGACCGAAUGAUCCGCCCGAUUCUCCAGCGCACGAUUCCGAUUCGGAUCUCGACCUAGACGUCAACGAGCUUGACCCAAUUUCAACAGAACCAACCCAAGGUUCUCCAGGAGGGCGAAACAUCGCAGAGCGCAGGACGUCAAGAAUAGCGUUACGGAACUUGCGCAUGGGUGGAGUCCGCCGUGUCAAUAACAGAGGUCGCGGGUAUGGCGAGCUGGGCCAGGAUAGGGAGGAAUGGGACGCCGACACCGAGGGCUUGCUGGCCGAGGAAGAAAGAGAUGAGCGGGAAGGAGACCGGAGUCCUCUACUAGGGGGCGAAACUACCCCUUUGCGCCCGACGAGGAGGCCGUCAUUGAGACUCCCAAGCUUCCUGUCGAGGAGUAGAGCACCCCAGGCUGAUGCGCCCCGCGACCAGGAGGAUGACCACAUCGCAGAAGAGGAUGAUUCGUCCGAUUCACGGCUGAUCGCGGUCGGCUCUCGCCAAGGGACGAAAUUUCCUCACAACGUUAUCUCGAACGCAAAGUAUACAGCAUUCACUUUUCUUCCCAUCACACUUUACAACGAAUUCUCCUUUUUCUUCAACAUGUACUUCCUUUUGGUUGCCCUUUCGCAAAUAAUACCUGCAUUGCGCAUUGGCUACUUGACGACUUACAUUGCCCCGUUGGCAUUUGUCCUGGCGAUAACCAUGGGAAAGGAAGCAUACGAUGACAUUGAACGACGGAAACGAGACACCGAGGCCAAUUCGGAAUCAUAUACCAUCCUUAAAUUUGACGAGCCACACACUGCCGCACACGCUUCGCGACAGCAACGCACGAUGAGAUCAAACAGUACGAGGACAAGCCAAAAAAGACCUAGAACAAGCCGCCAGGAUUUGGCCGCCAUUCGGGAAGAAGAGGACAAUGGGGCUGGGAUGUUCGUUCCAUCGUCAAAGGUACAGGAGGUUCAGCGCAAAUCGAAAGAUCUCAAAGUGGGAGACGUCCUCAAGCUCACAAAAGGGCAGCGAGUACCCGCGGACGUUGUGAUUCUCAAAUGUUGCUCUGCCGAGGGGGCUCACACCAGUUCCACGGAGACGGAGGAUGAAGAAUUGCUUCCCCUUGAUGACGCGGAUAGCUCGCCAAAGGCCAACGGGAAGAAACCAGACACUGCCAAGGCCGAAGACGAAGAAGAAGGAGGAACUGCCGGGGAAACCUUCAUUCGAACCGAUCAAUUGGAUGGUGAGACGGACUGGAAGCUGCGACUUGCUUCGCCUUUGACACAAAACCUUGAGCCCGAGGAAUUUGUUCGCCUGCGGGUAACUGCUGGUAAGCCGGAUAGGAAAGUAAACGAAUUUUAUGGGACUGUCGAACUUGUAUCAUCUAGGGCAGAGGCCCUGAGCCAGCAGACGUUAUCGAAUUACGAUGGCGAGGGUGGCGGCCAGUCAGCUGCGCUCUCCAUUGACAACACGGCUUGGGCCAACACCGUGAUUGCAUCACAGGCCACGACCCUGGCCGUGAUAUUGUAUACUGGUACUCAGACUCGAUCCGCAAUGUCGACAGCCCCGUCGCGUUCCAAGACAGGCUUACUGGAAUACGAAAUCAAUUCCCUAACAAAAAUCCUUUGCGCCUUGACCCUCCUUCUCUCUAUUAUCCUAGUCGCCAUUCAUGGUUUCGAAUAUACACAGGGAAAAGAGUGGUAUAUCAAAAUGAUGCGAUUCCUUGUAUUAUUCUCAACUAUUGUCCCAAUCAGCCUGCGAGUCAAUCUGGACCUUGGAAAAAGUGCAUUCUCGUGGUUCAUUCAGCGUGAUCCUGGAAUGCCCGGCGCUGUUGUUCGUACGAGCACCAUCCCUGAAGACCUUGGACGUAUUGAGUAUCUUCUGAGUGACAAGACCGGAACACUUACUCAGAAUGAGAUGGAGAUGAAAAAGAUUCAUAUUGGAACUGUAUCCUAUGCGAACGAGGCCAUGGACGAGGUUUUGGCCUAUGUUCAGCAAGGAUUCCAUUCUCGGCCAACUGGCUCUGGAUCGUCUGCCACAUCGUCAACUGCUCUCGUCACUCCCUCGAGCAUGGCCUUGGCUGCUGCGAAUGCAGGGGCCACCCGCACCAGAAGAGAGAUUGGAUCUCGCGUUCGUGACGUCGUUCUCGCCCUGGCCCUAUGCCAUAACGUCACGCCUACUACUGAUAUUGAAGAUGGAAGGGAGGUGACUUCGUACCAAGCUUCCUCACCAGAUGAGAUUGCUAUUGUCAAGUGGACAGAGUCUGUUGGCCUGAGACUUACUGCGCGUGACCGUAAAAGUAUGACACUGGAGACAGCGGAUGAUGCGAAGAUUGUGGUCAGGGUCCGAAUUUUGGACGUCUUUCCAUUCACAUCCGAGGGCAAGCGAAUGGGUAUCAUUGUUCAAUUUCUCACGGACAGCCGGGUUAAGAAUCCUGACCUGUCAGCAGGGGAGAUUUGGUUCUAUCAAAAGGGAGCAGAUACCGUCAUGGGUGCGAUUGUUGCUGCCAACGAUUGGCUGGACGAGGAGACUGCAAACAUGGCUCGGGAGGGCCUUCGCACCCUGGUGGUGGGUAGAAAGAAGCUCUCAUAUCAGCAAUACCAGGAGUUCUCGAGGCAGUACCAAGAGGCAUCUUUGUCUAUUUCAGGGCGCGAUGCCGGCAUGCAGCGGGUUGUCACUCACCAUCUUGAGCGUGAUCUGGAACUCCUUGGAGUCACUGGUGUCGAAGAUAAACUCCAGAAAGAUGUCAAGCCUUCUCUGGAACUAUUGCGCAAUGCCGGUAUCAAAAUCUGGAUGUUGACUGGUGACAAGGUCGAGACAGCAAGAUGCGUUGCUGUGUCUUCAAAACUUGUGGCAAGGGGUCAGUAUAUCCACACUGUGACCAAGCUCAAGAAGAACGAUGUUGCUCAGGACAACCUCGAUUUCCUACACAGCAAACUCGAUGCAUGCCUCCUCAUCGAUGGCGAAAGCUUGACGCAUUAUCUCACUUACUUCCCCACAGAGUUCAUCUCGGUUGCUGUUCUUCUACCAACUGUUGUUGCUUGCCGCUGCUCGCCGACGCAAAAAGCCGACGUCGCAAAGCUCAUUCGAGAAUACACGAAAAAGCGAGUCUGCUGUAUUGGUGAUGGUGGAAACGACGUGUCUAUGAUCCAAGCGGCUGAUGUAGGUGUGGGCAUCGUUGGCAAGGAGGGCCGGCAGGCGAGUCUGGCUGCCGACUUCUCGAUUGAUCAAUUCUACCACCUUGUGAAGCUUCUUGUUUGGCAUGGACGCAAUAGCUACAAACGCAGUGCAAAGCUCGCACAAUUCGUCAUUCACCGUGGUCUCAUCAUUGCUGUUUGUCAAACUGUCUUCAGCAUUGCUCGCAAAUUUGAGCCUCAAGGACUAUACAAGGACUGGCUUCUUGUCGGAUAUGCGACUGUGUACACUGCUGCUCCGGUCCUUAGUCUCGUGCUUGAUAAAGACGUGGACGAAAAUCUGGCUAAUCUCUAUCCCGAAUUGUACAAGGAGCUCACGUCGGGCCGAUCACUUUCCUACCGCACCUUUUUCGUCUGGGUUCUGGUUUCCAUCUAUCAGGGAAGCGUAAUCCAGGGCCUUGCUCAAGUCUUGAAUGCCGAUCAGGACAAGAUGGUCGCUGUCAGUUAUACCGUACUGAUUCUCAACGAACUCAUCAUGGUCGCUAUCGAGAUCACCACAUGGCAUUAUAUCAUGAUCCUAAGUAUUGUCGGCACGUUUUUAAUUUAUGUUGGGUCGAUGCCCUUCCUUGGGGCCUACUACCCCUUGCAUUUCUUGAUCACUUGGGGGUUUAUUUGGCGCGUAUUGGCUAUUGGGGCGGUAUCACUUAUACCACCUUGGGCGGCUAAGGUUAUUAGGAGAACAAUGAAGCCGCCGUCUUAUAGAAAGGUGCAAAGCACCUGA